AAAGCUUAUUGCAAGAAAGGAUUUCCCACUCUGUUCAGGUUGGGUUGUCCAUCAAAUAUGAGUGUUGCCGGCUCAACAACAUCUUCACGCGGAACUACUUCACGGUCGCCAUCACGAUCGCGAUCCCCACCCUACAGUGACGGCCGUUAUUUAUCUCGAUAUGCCGCUCGUUAUGACUCAUCCAGUUACCGACCGGGCCGUAGCGGAAUGUCGGCUGCAUUGGACGACUAUCGAGAGUUAAGGGACCGUGAGCGCGAUCGCGAACGAGAUCGCCCAGCCAUUUUACCCAGAGAUGAUCGCUAUACACCUCGCCUAAGAGACAGGGACGAUCGAUAUACUCCAUAUUAUCGAGACGAUAUGUCCUUUUCCCCGUCAUCAUUUUCUCCUUCGUACAGCAAGCCUUCUUCUACACUUCGACGAGAUAACGGAAGUCUUGAGCGAGUGAAACCAGCAUCAGAUACCAGCAGUAAUAAAGAUACAAAAGAAGAAGCUAAAUUCGGUGAUUCUUACACCCCGUCUACCCGCUAUACCGAUUGGCGCGAUCGAGAUCGUGACAGAGAUACCUGGUUUCGAACGGAGGAACGUCGACGAGAUUUUGAAAGAAGGAACCGUGAACGGGAUAGUUAUAUAGCUCGUUACGAACACACCUCCUAUGGCCCACCACCGCCACCGAGCACGAUACCUUAUUCGAUACCACCCUUUGGCGGAGAUUCCUACCGCCCCGACCGAGAUCGAGACCGCGAGCGAGACCGCGAUCGCAACGACCGUGAAAGAGAUCGCGACCGUGAACUCCAAUCACCAAGUUCUCAUGGAUCUUACUUUGAACGUGAAAGAAUGGAGGAACGUGAUGUUUAUCGGCCUUCAUCCCGAGGUGCCACCGCUUCAACGGAUUUUGAUAGAUACCGCAGUCGAUCGGUACGCACCACGGAUCGAGCAUGCACACCAAAUUAUAACAGCAGCGGAGUCCUUCCACCGAAGUCAGAAAUUCGCCACCGUGAAAAAGAUAGGUCUCACGAACGUGGCAACCAGCGCAUCGCUCUCGAUGUAGGCGUUCAGAAAGAUCGCGCUAAGGAGGAGACGACGACAAGUACAACAUCUUCAAGUGCAGGAGACAACAGCCAAUCAGCUGUCCAUCAUGAAUCAACAAGGAAUUCUGAACCCAUCACUUCUUCUCCUGACUCGUUCAAAAACAGUCUAUUGAUAGGUGAUUCGAAACUCAUUAUCGACGCUCCACUUAUAGCUGAAGCAACGGACAUGAUGACAUCCAAGGACGAGUUAACCGUGAAUGUUGCUCCUGAUGUUCAAUCAUUCGACCAAACAGCGGAAGUUACUACACCUACCGUCCCAAUGAACAACGAUUUCAAGCAAGAUCGAUCCAAAACAAUCCCCGGCGAAACUGUUGAUCAUAAUAUGCUGGAAGCACUGGGCCCUCAACUGGAUACAACAAAUGUAAACUCAACGAUGAACAUACCAACGAUGACAACGCUAGCUCCUGCAACUAUGCAAGCCCUUUCAGAAUCACUUGACAGCAAUCCAGAAUUGUCACAUAAUCCCGAACAACAGAUACAACAAGAGGCGGAGAAGUCCAAGGGCCAGGAGGAAGAAUCGCACCAACCUUCACCAAUCAUGGGUGCUCCUACAAUUGCACCCCAUCAAGUGGAUGUACCUCCGCAGCAAGACAAUUUGUUGGAACCACAAUUAACCCAGCAACAAAUUGUGGAGCGAAUUGAUCAAAUCGAGAACGAUAUCAGCAUGUAUGAAGAUAUGCUUCUGGAUAUGGCCAAUGGGGCUGCUGCACAGGCAUCAAGAAAUACGACAAUAUCCAGUAGUGCAGAUAUUACUCCGGACGAGCUACCGCCUGGGGAGGUCAUGGAGUUGGACGAUGAUUUUGCAGAAGAAGCCAGAAACGAAAUGCUUCAAAUCAUUAGUGAAACGAACCCUCGUCAGGCGUUAGUAACGAUCGACAAUUUGCCGAUGAAUAAUUCAAGCCGCAUGCGACGACGGCCGCAGUUGCUCAUUAACCAAUUACGCUUUGUGGACGAGGAAGAAGAUCGUUUGUGUGAAGAGAUAUUCCAAGAAAACCGCAGGGUAGCCAAAGAAAAUUCGCGCAUGUUAGGUGGAUGGCAAGGAAAGAGCGAACUUGCGGAUGACUGGGAUAACGAAACAACGUGGGUCAAACCGUUACAUGAUCGCAUCGAAGAUUACCCAUGCUUUCAGAACAACCUGCAGAGCCUUCCCAAGCUGAAGAAUUUCGUGGCAAAAUCACUGGCAACAAAUCAAAAAUUACUUCGACGGAAACAGCUUCAGCUGAAGCAGGAAUACAAAGAUUUGUAUCUGCAGUGGAAAGAAAAGAAUCUGGCUCUUGACCGAAUUCGAGCUCAUGAACGUAGAUUGUCCGAUAAAUAUGCUUGCCGUAAUGGAUCGCGCCGAAGAGCAGAAGAUGAAAUUGACGAUUCCCUUGAUGGUGCGGUCCUUACGAGCGAACAUGACGCGUUACUUUUCCAAACCGAGCAUGUCUCAACACCAUUUGGACCUGGACAAGGACAAUGGACAUCGGAUGCUGUACGUUCGGAAGCUGAAUUGCUUGAAAUCAUCCAAUCUUUAGAAACGGCUGAAAUGCGAAAUCCAGAAUUCCGUGCAGCCAAAACGACCGCCACUAUCCCUGCCAUGAUUCUGGACACAAAAGAACGAACGCGAACGUACGACGAUCGAAGUGGGCUUAUUGAUGAUCCAUUGACGUAUUAUCAUACAGGCCCUGAUACAGAAGAUGUAUGGACGCAACAGGAAAUGACGGCUUUUAUGGAGAGCUACAUGCAAUGCCCGAAGCAAUUCGAAAAAAUUGCCGCGGCUGUCAAGUCGAAGACGGCGCCGCAAUGUGUUUUGUUUUAUUAUAGAAAGAAGACGAAAAUUGAUUUCAAAGCAUUGAUGCGCAAGGGGCGUCGCGGUAAAUUCAAACGCCGUGAUCGUUUAGCUGCCGCGAUCCGUCGUGCUACAGGGGAUUCCACAAUCAUGACGCGAAAGGCCAAAAGCAAAGGAUCUGCGUUGAUGACCGAUAUUGGUGAAGCUCAGGUAUCUCGUAAAGCCAAGGAAAAGGAGUCGGAACGUAAAAGUCGAGAAUUGCGAGAUCUGGAAGAAGCCAAUGCUUACUGGGAAAGCGUCGCUGAACGGAAAAAGGCAAAAGCCAAAUCUGUGAACGAACGUGGGUUUUCUCUGACUAGCGCUACCAUCUCUCCGACAGAUCAAGAUAGCAUCGUUAGAUCGGAUGACAACGACAGUGGUCGCGAUAAACGACGUAUGCCACGACGGAAAGGAAGACCAUCGAGCUUGGUUGAUCCCUCUGUACUGGCGGCGGAGAUUGGCACUACGGAGCUGCCCAUGGGAAUGUACAGCACAUCAGCGUCUCCUCCUUCAUCGUCAUUAUCAAAGCAGAAAGAGCCUAUCGAUGAGAAUGCAGACAGCAUUACACCAACAGCAAGAUGGUCCGACCGUGAUAAAGACGUGGCUAUCGAGGCAUUUAAGGAACACAAACGCGAUUUCGCUCAGGUCUCCCUUAUCGUUGGAACCAAGACCGAAGAACAAUGUCGCAACUUUUAUCAUAAUUUUAAGCGAAAGUAUGGACCCAACGCGUUUAACGAAGAAACAUUGGCUACUGCUGCUGCUGAUCCAUUAUUCAGCAAAUCCAGUGAGGUGAAGCCGACUGCAAGUAAAAGCCAUGCUCUAAAUGCUGAAGAAGAAGAUGCUGCUGCGGCCUUGGUAGGGUUAUGUCAGAUGGGAGUUGUAAAUCCAUCUAGCGAACAAGCGUCAUCAUCAUCAUCACCUAUCCUUCCGGCUUCAAUAGUUGACGAGCGAGCAUCUGGUAUGUCUGGUUCGCGGUCGGCGCCCAGCAGUCAAGGUCGGCGUCGACGAGCACGGACGUUGUCGAGCAAGAUGGAACAUUCUCGCGAUGAUCUGAGUGACGGCGUAGACGGUUAUUAUAGCGGACGAUCGCCAGCAAAAACGAAUCGAUCAGCAUUGCUGGAUAGCAAGCGGCCGAAUUAUUCCUCGUAUUGGUCUAUCUCUGAACGAGGAGACUUUAUGCAUUAUCUGGAGCAGUAUGGUCGUGAUUGGGAUAAAGUGGCAAAUGCAAUGAAGUCCAAAACUGCCAUUCAAGUACGAAACUUUUAUGUGAAUAACGAGGAGAAGAUGCGAUUAAAAGAGAUCGUGCAAAGAUUUCAUGCACGGCAAGAGCAGAAUGCACGGGAGAUGCCGUUAAUGGGCAGUGCGUUCGACAGUGCACAUACAUCGACAACCACGCAGCCGCAUUUUCAGACAGUGCAAAGGUUCCAAUUUCCAACGCCCAUACCCACCGAAUCUAUUGUAAAGGCCCCAUCUUACGUGAUGCCCCGUGUCGGUUAUUUCACUCCUACUCAUCGCGCCACGCCUUCUGGCGAGCCACCCCAACGGUUGAUCAUCGAUCAUCGUUUCACGGGACAGUACAAUUCGCCAUCUUCUGAUAAUACGAUGCCAUACCAUGGGCCGGUGCCUCCUGCUCAUUAUUCCGAGAAACCUUUACCAAUGUCAGCACCAACUGGCGCUACUGUACAACCUGUUCCUUCUGCCGUCACGAAAGUAGCUGAUUUGCUUAAUAAUGACGAUCCGGCAGAAACGAAGAAGCAGAGUUGGGAAACAUGGUUUGGUUCCUAAAAAUAUCCUUUACAUGAUUCUUCAUUUUUACUUUUGGGUUUGCCUGGUUGUAUUUUUUUGUUUUAUGGGUUUUUCUUAGAUAUUGUUUUGUUUCGUGUUCCUCUCUUUUUUUUUUUGUUUAUUGUCUUUUGUUUCUUAGUCAUUCUAGCCAUCCGAAAAGUGCCGGUCAUUUUUUGUUCAGAAGUUUUGAUAUGUAAUAAGAUGCGUAGGGUUCUAUUUUCUCGUGACAUGAACGCCC